AUGCUCUUGGACGCAGGACCGCAGUAUCCCACCAUAGGAGUCACUACUUUCGGCUCCUCGCGGCAUCACUCAACAGGCGAAGUCACAGAGAGAGAAGUGGCGUUGGGGAUAAAUCCGUUCGCGGAUGGGAUGGGCGCCUUCAAAAUAAACCACAGCUCCCACGAUAUUGGCUCCGGACAGACGGCGUUUUCCUCCCAGGCGCCCGGCUACGCAGCAGCCGCCCUGGGACACCAUCACCACCCGACCCACGUUGGCUCUUACUCCACGGCGGCUUUCAACUCCACCAGGGACUUUCUCUUCAGAAAUCGGGGAUUCGGGGACGCCACCGGCGCGCAGCACAGUUUGUUCGCCUCCGGAAGUUUCGCAGGCCCACAUGGACACUCAGAUGCAGCGGGGCACCUGCUCUUCCCGGGGCUCCACGAGCAAGCGGCGAGCCAUGCGUCUUCCAACGUGGUCAACAGCCAGAUGCGGCUGGGCUUCUCGGGGGACAUGUACGGACGGGCCGACCAGUACGGCCACGUUACAAGCCCGCGGUCCGACCACUACGCUUCGACCCAGCUGCACGGCUACGGCCCCAUGAACAUGAAUAUGGCCGCACACCACGGAGCAGGGGCCUUCUUUCGAUACAUGAGGCAGCCGAUCAAGCAAGAGCUCAUCUGCAAGUGGAUCGAGCCGGAGCAGCUGACAAACCCCAAAAAGUCGUGCAACAAAACUUUCAGCACGAUGCACGAGCUGGUGACCCAUCUGACGGUGGAGCAUGUGGGGGGACCGGAGCAGACCAACCACGUCUGCUUCUGGGAGGAUUGCGCCCGAGAAGGAAAGCCAUUCAAAGCCAAAUACAAACUUGUGAAUCAUAUCAGAGUACACACCGGAGAAAAGCCCUUUCCGUGUCCGUUCCCCGGCUGUGGCAAAGUAUUUGCUCGCUCGGAAAAUCUAAAAAUUCACAAACGGACUCACACCGGUGAGAAGCCUUUUAAGUGUGAGUUUGAAGGCUGCGACAGGCGGUUUGCAAACAGCAGCGACCGCAAGAAACACAUGCACGUCCACACGUCGGACAAGCCCUAUCUGUGCAAAAUGUGCGACAAGUCAUACACACAUCCCAGCUCCCUCCGAAAACACAUGAAGGUCCACGAAUCCACCAAUCCGGGACCGCAGCCGUCUCCAGCGGCCAGUUCAGGGUACGAGUCCUCCACACCCCCCACCAUAGUAUCACCGUCCACAGAGAACCAGAGCAGCAGCUCCAUAUCACCAGCAGCCUCAGCAGUACACCACACAGCCAGCCACAGCACGCUGUCGUCAAAUUUCAAUGAAUGGUACGUGUAA